AUGGCCCUUCUGCGUUUCAUUUUGUUUUUCCUAGCAGUUUCACUUGUUACCCUUCAAGUAACACUGGCUGGGGAUGCAGACAUACUAUCAGAUUUCAUACCACCAUCAAACACCACCAUGCCACUGGACGGCAGUUUCUUCACCUACACCGGGUUGCGUGCCAUCACCGACCCGAACAUGCCGCCAGAUUUUAAAGUUUUCAAAGCUAGCAUGGCUGAAUUCCCUGCUUUGAAUGGGCAAAGUGUUUCAUUUGCAGUUCUAAUGUACCCCCCUGGCACUGUCAACCCACCCCACACCCACCCCCGGGCUUCCGAGCUUCUUUUCCUCCUCGCAGGCUCUCUCGAAGUGGGAUUCGUUAACACAACUAACAAACUCUUUAACCAAACACUUCAAGAAGGUGACAUUUUUGUCUUCCCUAAAGGGCUCAUGCAUUUUCAGUACAACAGGGAUGAAAAAACUCCGGCCGUCGCAGUUUCUGCAUUUGGCAGUGCAAGUGCAGGAACAGUUUCUAUACCAAGUGCUGUUUUCAAUACGAGUAUCUAUGAUCCAGUCUUGGCUGCGUCUUUCAAGACUGAUAUUGUCACUAUUAAAAGACUCAAAUAUGGACUUUCCCAGUAA